AUGUCCCGCGCUCUUCUUAUCACUGGCGCCACCGGGAAACAAGGCGGUAGCGUCAUCAACGCCCUUCUCGCGCGCAACGCCGACUUCAAGAUCCUGGCCGUCACCCGAGACGCCGCCUCGGCUUCGGCGCAGAGGCUGGCGGCGAAAUCACCAAAAAUUUCCAUUGUCCAAGGAAACCUCGAUGACACGGAUUCCGUCUUUCAGAAUGCCAAAAAGGUGACGCCUUUGCCCAUUUGGGGUGUUUUCAGCGUACAGGUGCCCGCCUUCAACAAAAAGGGUCCUAUUAUUGAGGAAGCUCAGGGAAAGUCUCUGGUUGACUCCGCCAUCAAAUACGGGGUUAAACACUUUGUCUACUCCUCCGUUGAUCGACACGGCGCCAAGUCCAUUGACAACCCGACCAAUGUCCCCCACUUCGCCAGCAAGCACAGAAUUGAGCACCAUCUCAUCGACAAGGCCAAAAAUACCGAAAUGUCCUGGACCAUCUUACGACCUGUCGCGUUCAUGGAAAACUUUGAGCCUGGAUUCGCCGGUAAAGUCUUCGCCACAGCCUGGAGGGGCUUGUCACGUCCUCUACAAGUAGUUUCAACUGAUGACAUUGGUGUAUUUGCUGCCUUGUCAUUCCUUGAUCCUGUACGAUUCAGUGGCCAGAGCGUCUCGUUGGCAGGCGACGAGCUUUCAUACAGUCAACUGGUGGAUGUCUUCCAGAAGAAGACCGGGACACCGCUGCCUACCACCUUUGGGUUCCUAGCCCAACUGAUCCUUUGGUUGGUUAAGGAGAUGGGAACCAUGUAUGCAUUCUUUGAGAAGGAGGGCUACAACGCCGACAUCCCUGCUCUGAAGAAGAUGCAUCCUGAGUUGAAGGACCUGGGAGCUUGGUUGGAGUCCAGCCAUUUCAUGAAGAAGCAACAGUAG